AUGACGAGGGUGGUCCCCGGCUCCAUCAACCCCACGAAUGCCGUCACGCAACGACAAGGGUGCUUCCCCAACACAACACCGUCAUGUACAAAACACAACGACGAGGGUGCUUCCCCAACACUGUUUCGGUCAUGCAAGGUGCAAACCCUAACCUCCAAUCGGCUUUUUGUGAUUGGGCCGGUAGACGCCCGGUCGUGCUCCUUCGUUGGAACCCAUGAAUACGUGGUACCGGAGAUCGCAUCCGGUGGAUCGCACGGGAACGCCGUUGAUUGGUGGGCAUUCAGGAUCUUCAUCUACGAGAUGAUCUACGGCCGCACGCCCUUCUUGGCUCCAUCGAAUGAGGUCACCCUGCGCAGCAUCAUAAAAGAGCCCCUCAGCUUCCUGACCUCCACGCCCUCUGGCACACUCAAGCUCCAUGUGAGGAACCUCAUAUCCAGGUUGCUGAACAAAGACCCGGUUCAACGCUGA